UGUCGCAAACCGGGCAACGAUUCUUUUUACUCACGAUGAGGACGGCAUUCCUCACAUUGCCGGCGCUGCUGUGCUCGCUCGUUGCUGCAACUCCGCAUUAUCCUCAACACACUCUCCAAACUGAAGAGGCAUAUCCGUCACCAACGAUCCCAUCACGAUGGCGCAGCCUCUCGAACCAUCUCUUGGAGUCCCUCCUUGGCUUCAGUGGCGUAAGGCAAGACCGUGCGAAGAGCGAUGCCUCGCAUCGACAAAUACCUCCCGCCCAGACGUUCGCGCAAUACGGAGAGGAUCUGGUCUUGCGCUUCAACAUCAGCACAGCGGAGGAAUCAAAGAGCUUAGUAGAAGUGGCGGAUACUCUGAUAUUGGACGUCUGGGAAUUUUCGCAUGAUUGGAUUGAUAUCCGCAUGCACAAGGAUACAGUCCCGCUGGUGCUCGGACUGCUACCUGAAUCGCUUCAACGAGCGCAUACACCAUUGUUGCGUGAGGAGGCAUUGGCCAGAGCUAUCCAUGAGAACUAUCAGAGACAUCAACCGAGACCAUUCCAAUCCGCAGCGCCAACGGUCAGACGUCCGUUCAGCUUGGCUCUGGACCAAACGACAUCGGGGGGAGAAGCCAACAUCUUCUUUGCCGACUACCAGCCCUUCAAUGUCAUCGAACCUUGGCUACGCCUUCUCGCCUCCCUCUUCACCACUCACGUGCGGCACGUCAACAUCGGACUCUCCUACGAAGGACGCAACAUCCCUGCUCUCCGUGUUGGAGUCCACCCCACGAACUCCGAAGAUCCAAACCCACCGAAGCGCAAGACGAUCCUCGUGACAGGCAGCCUCCACGCGCGCGAAUGGAUCGGCACCGCGACAGUCAACUACAUCGCCUAUUCCCUCAUCACCGGCUACGGCAAACAACCUACCAUCACCAACCUCCUCGAAAAGUUCGACUUCGUCUUUAUCCCAACCAUCAAUCCAGACGGCUACGUCUACACGUGGGAAACCGAUCGCCUCUGGCGGAAGAACCGACAACAAACCGGCGUCCGCUUCUGCCAGGGCAUCGAUCUCGACCGCGCCUUCGGCGUCGAAUGGACCGCAACAGACAACCCCUGCAGCGAAUCUUACUCGGGCGAAGAAGCCUUUGAAGCGACCGAGUCCAAAGCGCUGGCCAACUGGGCCAAGAACGAGACCGCCAACAACAACGUCGAAUUCGUCGGUUUCCUGGACCUGCACUCCUACUCGCAGCAGAUCCUCUACCCCUACAGCUACUCCUGCACCGACACGCCACCCGGUCUCGAGAAUCUCGAAGAACUCGCCGCAGGACUCAGCAAAGCCAUUCGCAUGACGCAUGGCCACAAUUAUGAAGUCAUGCCCGCGUGCGAGGGUAACGUCGCCAUGAGCGCCGGCGGCACGAAACAGCACAUCCUUCCUCGCAUGGAGACCUCGGGCGGAUCGGCGCUCGACUUUUUCUAUCGCGAGGUGGGCGUCAAGUAUGCCUAUCAGAUGAAGUUGAGGGAUCGUGGGACGUAUGGAUUCUUGCUGCCCAAGGAGAAUAUCGUGCCGACGGGCAAGGAGAUUUUCAAUGCGGUGAUGUACUUUGGGGAGUUUUUGAGUGCGCAGUAUGAUGUUGCUGGGAGUGAUGAUGUGAAGGUGGGUGAGGAGGGAAAGGUGGAGGAGCAGGGAGAUACUGCGCGAGAGGAUGACACAGACGACGAGUGGUGGGUCAAAAUUGAAGAUGUGAUUGAGCCGGAGCCGGAGCCCGAGGAAGAAGCAGAUUGGAAUCCUGAUCUCAAGCGGCGGCGGAGACGAUAG